AUGUUGGAAGACAGGAUAUCAAAACAGAAGAAUCGCUGCUGUUCGGGGAGCGAUCCGUCUCUAAAAGGAUGUGGCUCGAGUUAUCCACGAAAUUGGAACCAGAUUCCUUCAAAACCCUUGGACGAUAUCAAAACACUUGAUUUCACGGAGGACACGUUAAUGAAAAAGACUCAGCCGGAAUAUUGGUGGCGUCGAAACCUGUCUACAGCGGACUGUUUUAGAAACAUGUGCCUUAAAGAUCGCAGUAUUGCUGAUGUACGAAAUGAACUUACUGAAUAUCAGAUCAUUCGAGAACUACUUUGGUCUCUUCUUGGAGGGCGUGCUUCAUACAUUUUUCGCACACUUAGCGACCCAGACAAACUUCUCAGUAAUCGCUUUCUGCCUACCGACCGAGUCAGCUCAGCAACAAUUUCCGUUGAGUCCUUGGACUCCUUUUUAUCCCAUUUUGCUCGUUCAGCGAGUCAUGGAUUGGUUCUUCGAACCUUAAUAGAUUUCGUAUUUCACGGUGAUUCUAACUCAUUUCAUCCAUGUGUUCUGGCUUUUGCCGCCGGACUUAGCACCUACUUGGGUCAGUUGGAUCAGUUUUUGAAUGAUUUACUGCGCCAAUCUCGUGGCCCUUGUAGUUUCACUUUAGUAAACUUAUAUACGUGUUAUUUACCUUGGGGUCGACGCACCGGUAUACUGGCAGGACUUGUCAUGCAGGCUACUACAGGUCGCCUGAAUCAUUUACUCCACCCAACUGUCCAUAUCCAAAUACUGGAUGUUCUGUAUUAUGCCAUCACCACAUGCAGUGUGUGUACGGAAGAUGAAAUCUUUCUCGGUUUAUUGCAGUCUCUUUUCUUGCAAUCUUUUCAUCCCUUUCUCCAAACGACUGUCCAUCUUCUUUCCGGUGCAGCUUCCGUACCAGAGUAUUUGUAUAGCUUGUUUGCUGACCCCGAGGCCCAGCUGGAGCCGACUAAUCCAGACUACUGGUCCCAAGCUUUCACUUGGCACGAGACCGAAUACCAGUCGGACUUCAAACGUAUCCCUCAUUUGUUUCAUUCUGUGCUGCCUCAGCUAGUACGCAGUCUGAAGGCGCUGUGCAUGUUGAUUGCUCUGGUUAAUCACACGGGUGAAAAACAUUUCCUGAGCGAAAUUCUAAUGGAUCCAAUGGACAUCAUGAUUUUACUACAUAUACCAUCAGGUGAAGUUCCGAAAGCUUCUAUCAGUACACAACUGUUCGAUACCGAUAAUUCCGCACUCCAUGUCCUCUCCAACAGCCCUGAUAACGGUGAUGAUGAUGAUGAUUUUUCCGCUUUUCGCCGUGAGCUUAUUCAUUCAGUGACCCAUAUGGAACUACCAAUUCAUCACGAAACAAAAACCUUUGGUGCUUACGAUGCUGAGCUAAUGGAUUCGCUUAAAAAUAGUUUACACACAUUCAUCCGUUCACGGUGUUCUGACGUCAAUCGUUGUUUGGUAUCAAUGCUCCUCUCAUCCCCACGUGUCCCAAGCCCAACCUUUCAGAAUUUAGGUACCGCACUAGCCGCUGUCAGUUCAGUUUAUCUAUUUGGUGCUGGUGAUAGACUAAAUGAUUUUGCCCGAGAUCUUUUCCAACACAUUCGAUUAUUGGCACCUUGGUAUCGGGAUCAUGUGGGGUUGACAUUGCAACUGAGGAACCAACUGGAACAGAAGACAGCACCGGAAUUCCUGCGCUCUAUGCGCAAUGCAUUCGCAUUUCACCAAACACCGGAAUCGUUGAUCAUUCAUACGGAUGGAACUACACAACUUGUAUCGGAUCAGUUUCAACGGAUAUGUUUAUGUUUUAAUGCCGAGUGGCCGGCUACCAUCGUAUUAACUGAGGAAGUUUUGAAUACCUACAACGGUAUCUUUAUUUUCUUACUUCAAAUCAAAUACAUCAAGUGGAGCCUCGAAUCACUGCGGUUUUUCGAAAUUCAGUGGCUUUUCAAACUGGAUGCGGUAACUUACCAUCGAUUAUUGCUGCUUCGUUCAAGUAUGAUAUUCGUUUUCGCUGGAUUACAUGACUUUCUUGUGCAUCGCGUCGAGGGAUUUCGCAUGCACUUUAUCCAGUAUUGGAAUCUGCCGGAUGUCAUGCAAACUGAUCCGAUUUUCGAUCAUCGCAUUGAUCGACCGGGCGAUUUAUCCCAUCUUAUAGAUACACACCACUCUAUGCUUACAGGGCUCAAAGCAACCUGUUUAUUGACAUCCUCAUCAGCUAUUCUGCGCCGGGAACUGGAAACAGUGCUUCAGUUGGCUCUGGUUUUACAAUCUCUUUGGUCACUUAGUACUCAAGUUUCUGCACGUCCAUCGGAAAUAGUAUCCUUGCUCACAGAUUUGGCCCUCCUAAUGUCCUCACCCGUUGAGCGAGUACCCCUCGGUGAGUGCCCCGUGGCGUCCACACCAUUUCGCACACCCGGUCAGAAUGAUUCAGUCACCGUGAUUAAAUCAUCCAGUCCAAAUCAAGAUGACUCCCUAGCACCAUUGUCCCAAUUACGUACGACGCAUAAAAAACCCAGCAAGUCUGUGCGUCACAGCCUUGGUCACGUAACGCUGCGUACAGGUACUCCUCAGCGCCUUGUCUGGACCACUCAGCGCACCAGUCGGCUUUUCGAUCUGCUCACCAGACCGGCUCUCCUUUUCACGCCGAGUUUGGGAAUUCGUUUGGUAUUUGAUCACUUCGCUCAAGAUUCUUCGGAGCGGCGUUCCGGUCGCUUGUCAAUCAAGAAACGAAACUUACCCAUCGACCCGGAUCCGUGUCUAUUGUCCGUGGACGGUUUGGUGGAUUGCUUGUUUGCGAUCGGGAAUCUCGUUGACCAGGUGUACUACGACUGCGUAGACGGAGCAUCUCCGGAUCAAGAUGAUGACUUUGAGCGUUCUCCGACAAUUUUGGCUGCAAGCUAUUUUCGCAAACGACUCAAACCGGCCUUAUCCCGUCUGAGUGAGCUCCGCCUUCGUUUGUCGGAUUUCAAGCUGGGUGAAUGUAUUGGUCGGGGUGCAUGUGGCAUUGUGCGCGUCGUGCGUGAAGCCGCCCCGCCUCACUCCGUGUAUGCAAUGAAAUCGCAGUACAAAGGUGCUUGGCUUCAUCAUGAUCCAGAAGGUUCUCAGAUCAUGCUUGAAAGAACAGUGUUGGCUCAAGCGACGGCCAUUGAAAAUCCUUGGCUCCCUCAUCUACAUUACGCAUUUCAAGACGAAAAGCAACUCCAUUUGGUAAUGGACUACGAGCCGGGAGGUGAUCUGUACAUAUUCUUGAGCAAGGUUGGCCAUCUGUUGGAUGCCGAAAUGAUCCAGUUCUACGCAGCUGAAGCCAUCGAGGCGAUUCAUUCUCUGCACCAAAUGGGAUACAUUCAUUGUGAUUUAAAGCCCGAGAACUUUGCGAUCGAACGCAGUGGACACUUGAAACUGUUGGAUUUUGGAUCUGCUAUUCGCCUCGACGCCGAUGGCAGGUGUAUUUGUCCAACCAUGGUCGGGACAAAGGAGUAUCUGAACAUUGAAUUGCUCCGACAACGGGGCCGACAUAAUGAGGAGCCUCUGCUUGUCGGACCGGAAUAUGACUAUUGGGCAAUAGGUGUUCUUCUGUAUGAAUUGUUCUACGGCCAGACUCCAUUCUUUGACGAAGACGAUGAAGUAAUGAUGCAGAAAAUCAUGGAUUACAAGAAAAGCCUGAAAUUCCCUUCAGGCGUUGACAUUCCCGAUGAAGUGGUUCAGCUUAUUCGAUCUCUGAUCACUACACCAUCGAAACGAUUGACCUACGAGGGUGUGGUGCGUCAUUCGUUCUUCAAAAAUAUUGAUUUCAGUCGCCUCAGACAAACUCAGCCACCGUAUUUACCUCCUGUGGGAGAUCAAGACGAUGUGUCCAAUUUUUCCGGCGGAGGUGCCCGUACUCGGGACGAGGCUAUCCUAGAUGUAUCUACUAACGAAACUUUCUCACCCGUCCGAAUGAAAAAGUCAUGUCCGGGCUCCGUCUGUCGUUCCGUCAAUGAAGCGCGAAAUUCACCACGAAUUAGUCAACCACCAACAGAUCCGAGCGUAUCUCGCCCCGUAUUCGAGAUCAGUCCAGUUUUGGAUCCUGAAAAUCGCGAAAAUAUUGACCCAACCUGCCACACAGAAUCUCCAUCCCGACCAGCCAAAUCACCUGCCGAACUCACUGCCCGCGAGGUUAAAGAGCGCGCAAUACGCGAUGCUGCAGCUGUACCGGUGCAUGAGGAAAUAGAGGAAAUAGAAGACAUUGAAUGGCAUGGGUCAGAAUGUGUACGAAAUCUACCAUUUGUCGGUUACACAUUCACACCCGGUCUAGUGUUGUUGCGUAACUUUACCCGAGGACAAACGGCUGCUUCAGUAGCUGCUGGUCUGGGUACAUCCAUGAUGAUCACCGCUGGUACUCCUUUUCGAUCCGCCGCACCAAUGACUCGAGCCAAAUAUGGUGUCUCCAAAACGUCUGGAUGUUCGACUCCGACCAUUAUCAAUGCAUCAUCAGUUGAUCAAUCUGCUCGUGACCCUAUCAAAUUGACCGAAACAAAUGAUAAGGCGGAGUUGCUGAUCAAAUUGUCUUCUUUGGAACAACGAAACGAGCAGCUCGAGCGUCUGUUAGCACAACAGACUGAGCGAACAGAGUACCUACAAACUCAAAUAGCCAAAGUUUGGGAGACAGCCGGUGCAAUGAAUGACCUCAAGAACACUAUGGAUAAACUUCCUGAUUUCAUUUCAGACAAAACGGGGGCUACUUUCGAGCAGUUGUUGGACUGUAUCAAGCAAUUAAAUGAAAAGAAUACCAGUCUUCGAAGUGAAGUUGCAGUAUCUGAACGUUAUCGGUUGAUUGUGGAAAAGAUCCGUUUAGUUGUGUCUCGCCUAACCGGCCUACCAGAUGAUUUUGUGGAAACUGAUUUAACUGAUAUACUGCAACGUUUAUGUUUGAACAACGAGUUCAGUCAAGACGCGUCCACUCUGGCGACUUUUGGUCAGGAAGAUUCGGACCUCGCACGUGGCCUCAUCAACUUUAUCGUCAAACAACACCGCAUGACCACACAGCGUAUUGCUGACAGUCGUGCAGCAGUAGAAGUGGCAAACCGCGAGCUCAAAGAGGCAUGGGAAGCGUCCAAACAGCAAAUCGGCACAUUAGACGAUUUGAACCAAAAGCUCAUGGAUGCAAAACAAUAUCAGCGUGAAUUACGCAAUCGAUGUGUGGAGUACGAGGAUAAGUAUUUUGCUGCUCGCGACAAGCUGACUGAAGAAACGAAGCAAUGCUCAGAGUUUAAACAACAAAUACACGACUUGACUAUGAAAAAGGAAGCCACAGAAAGCCUACUGCGUGAAACCAAUUUGAAGCUAGACCGGCUGCAGAAUUCUCAAGAUCAUCUGAUCUUCGACUCGGCCAAAAUCAUCCUGUGUAGCUCGUUGGAUCACAGAGGUGCACAAGCCAUCACACCACGUCAAGGUGCAGUCCCAUCGAUCCGUGCCUCAACAUCUAGUCAACUGACAGGCAACGGUAAGCAGCCGCUGAGCACGAGCUCUGAUGACUUCCUUCCGGAAAUUAUGACUGAUCAUCUGAGAGCGGAACUGGAAACCACACGAAUGCAAGCACAUCUUGCGGAAAUUGAACGUUCCAAUGCUGAACAACGCGAGGCUCAACUCCGAGAACAAAUCGUGGAUUUAGAACACCAGUUGAGUAGCAGUCGACACGAUGGUUCUCUGCUUCGGGAUCGCUAUGAGAAACUGAAAGAAGCUGUCGCUCAGAUGGAAAAGAGUUUGAUGAACUACUCACCCAAUACAGAGAACUCCGAGUUAACAGCGUUGCAGCAACAGUUGACUACGUUCGCUCAGGAAAAACGCAAAUUGGCGGACCAGGUUGAAAGUUUGGAGAUGCAAUUGGAACGCCUACGGAUGAACAAUACUCAACUGGCUAGCCAACGUGACACCUCUCGCCAAGAGGUACGUCAACUUCAGGCUGAUUUAUCGCGUGAAAAAGAAUCAAACGAUGUGGCUCAACAGGCUGCUCAAAGCGAAAUAUAUAAACUUACCACAAUCACCACUCAACAAGGAAAACUGAUCAACCACAUGUGCGGUCUGCUACCUCCAGAACAUCGUCAGCUGUCCGUUGCCAUGGGUGAAGUGCGACUCGACUCCGUACCCAGGCGCAGCUUUCUCGAUCCAAAGCGCUCCAGUGUAAAAGUCACCGGUCAUGGUGGACUGAAAACCAGCACCUAUCGGAACCAUAAAUCUGGCUCCCAAGAUUCUGAAUCGGGACACACCAGUGGCGGACCACUAAUUGCAGCUGCUUCUGCCUUCUUCAGUCGUCGUCGUGGGGCAAAGAACGAAAUUGCCUCGGAUAUUGAUGACAAGCUGCCGCGAACAGAAACACUCAUUAAACAACCCAGUCGGUUACAAAAGAUGGUCAGCAAGAGUCGACUUCGGUUCAAGCGGCGCACUGCUGUUCACAGCCCCUUUCAGAAACGUGCGGAGUCUGACUAUGAACCAGAACUUGAUUACGGCGAUGACGAUGAACGUAAUCACAUUUUCACUGAAGACGAAUGUACCCUAGGGUGUUACUCACCCGGCUCUACCGACGAUGGGUUACCCAUUCUCAUUCCUCCGGGAACCCUGGUUCAUGACGCAUCUGACACAGCUGAUAGUUUGUCAAACACGGGCAGCGUUUCAUCCGCGCCAAGCACCACCAGUUCCGCUCCGGUUGGUAACCCGGAUGAUGUGCACAACUCCUGGAGAAGUUCAUUCAGACGUUCGCGCCGAGCCAGGCAACAUGUCGGCUGGGCAGAUCAUAUAAACGCACAAGUAGUACGGAGUCAGUUGAAGCUGUUAAAACAGUUGAGCAAAGUGCUGAGCAAACCGAAAUCCAACGGUACUGGUCGUCCUGAAGCGGAUUCUCGUACAUCUUAA